UUCUGGCUGUGGAAAAUGUGACUGCAGUGGAGUGAAGGGGCAAAAAGGUGAAAGAGGCUUGCCAGGUUUACAAGGCUUGGUUGGAUUUCCUGGAGUACAAGGACCAGAAGGGCCACCAGGAGCCUCUGGAGCGAAGGGUGAUACUGGAGAACCAGGACUACCAGGAACAAAAGGAACUAGAGGGCCCCCUGGUCCAGCAGGCUAUCCGGGGAAUCCUGGUCUUCCGGGCAUCCCUGGAGGAGAUGGCCCGCCUGGUCCUCCUGGGAUCCCAGGAUGCAAUGGAACAAAGGGAGAAAGAGGUCCUCUUGGCCCACCUGGCUUACCUGGCUUACUUGGCAAUCUCGGACCUCCAGGGCUUCCAGGAAUAAAGGGAGAUCCAGGAGAAAUUAUUGGAAUCCCAUCACAUGGUUUGCAAAAGGGUGAGAAAGGAUUGCCUGGACAUCCUGGAUUGCCAGGAACACCUGGACUUUCAGGUGUUGCUGGCCCUAUUGGACCACCUGGACCUCCUGGAAGACAAGGUUUUCCAGGGCCACCUGGACCUCCAGGUGAGAAGGGUCAUAUGGGCUUGAAUUUCCAAGGUCCAAAAGGGGAUAAGGGUGAGCAUGGUGUCAUGGGCCCUCCUGGUCCCCAAGGAGUAGAUACAUGGCAUGAAGAGAAAGGGACCAUCAUCAUACAGGGAGACAAAGGUGAUCCUGGUGAAAAAGGUGAAGAUGGAUUACCAGGGCCACCAGGCCAGAGCAUCAAAGAGGAAAAAGGGGAACCUGGGAAACCUGGUCCACGGGGAAGGCCUGGAAAAGAUGGAGAGGAUGGAGAGAAGGGAGAACGUGGAGUACCUGGUCAGCCAGGAAUUCCUGGACAUCCUGGUAUACUUGGACCUAAAGGAGACAAGGGUGUAACAGGACCUCCUGGACCUCCAGGAAUUGUUAUGGGUGAAGAAGAAGAAGAAGUGUUUGGUGAAAAGGGUGACCCAGGACCUCAUGGGUUUCCAGGAAGGAAAGGUGAACUAGGUCCCAAAGGUUCUCAAGGUAGUCCAGGGUUACCAGGUCCCCCAGGGCAAGCUAUUCCAGGAUCACCUGGUUUUCCUGGUGAAAGAGGGAGAAAAGGUGACCAGGGGCCUCCUGGAACAUCUUUGCCUGGGCCAAAAGGAAGAGAUGGAUUUACAGGAUCUCGUGGUUUACCCGGGCCUCCAGGCCCACCUGGUGGAACAGAUGGAAUUGGGUGUGAACGUGGUUCACCUGGUGACCCAGGUCUUCAAGGCAUCCCAGGACAGUCAGGCUACACAGGAGAAAGAGGAGAAAAAGGUGAAAAAGGCGAAGGCUGCUUGGAGUGUGAUGGAGCAGGUUUUCCUGGAUCACCAGGGCCCCAGGGCCUUCAAGGGGAACCAGGCAUUCCAGGACCACCCGGUGCUAAAGGUGAUAGAGGGCUUCCUGGAUUUGAAGGCAUUCCAGGCAUGGCAGGACCUCCUGGUGUACCUGGUGAGACAGGAAUCUCAGGACCAAAAGGAGAACCUGGAGAUAUUUUCUAUGACUCCAUUGUAAAAGGUGAAAAAGGAUUACCAGGAUUACCUGGACAAGCGGGUAUUCCUGGCAAAGAAGGAAGGCCAGGAAAGGAUGGUGUCCCUGGCAUCCCAGGACCUAAAGGAGCAUCUGGAACCAUUGGAUUAAAAGGAGAUCGUGGACUCCCAGGAAUAAGUGGUUUACCAGGGUCCCCUGGAGACAGAGGUUUCCCUGGACUUCCAGGAGUUGGGAGUUCUGGACCACACGGUGAUAAAGGAGAAAAGGGGCUUUCUGGAAUCCCUGGGACCCCUGGACUUCCAGGUCCCAAAGGUGAAGCUGGACAUGUCAUUUCUCUGCCUGGUCCCCCAGGGGCCAGAGGUUUUCCUGGAUCUGCUGGAAAUCCAGGUCUCCGAGGUGACAAGGGAGACCCAGGGAUCCCAGGAAGACCUGGUCUGCCAGGUGAAAAAGGUCUGGCAGGGCCUCCAGGAAUUGGAUUUCCUGGCCCUUCGGGGGCCCCAGGUUUUCCUGGUCAGCCAGGUCCACAAGGUUCAAGAGGAGAGAAGGGAGAAUCUGGUUCCCAAGGUGCGCCAGGUGCAGCUGGAGCCAAAGGACAGAAGGGUGAAGCUGGAUUAGGUCUCCCAGGUUCUAAAGGCUUUCCUGGUCCCCAAGGACGAGAUGGUAUUCCUGGAUUAAAAGGUGACCAGGGAUAUCCUGGUGUGCCAGGGGACAAAGGACUUCCUGGCGUACCCGGUCAGCCAGGAUCUCAAGGUGAACUGGGUCCUCCUGGAUUACCAGGUGUACGGGGCUCUCCUGGUGAACCCCAAAUGGGCUCUCCUGGCCCCCCUGGCCCUCCAGGACAAUUUGGGCCUCCAGGACCACUAGGACCACCAGGAAUCAAAGGGGAGAGAGGCCACCCGGGUAUCCCUGGGUUGGAUAUGCCGGGGCUUAAAGGAGAUAAAGGUAGCCCAGGAACACAGGGGCUGUCAGGUGUGCCAGGGUUGCCAGGCUUACCUGGCUUACAGGGACAACAAGGACAUCCAGGUGUUCCAGGACUGAAAGGAGAAAUGGGAAUUAUGGGUACCCCUGGAAUUCAAGGUCCAUCUGGUCCUAUAGGAACUCCUGGAACUCCAGGUGAAAAAGGUAGCCUAGGUUUUCCUGGAGUGGCAGGACAAAGAGGUGAUCCAGGUUUAAAAGGUGAAAAAGGUGAAGCUGGACUCCCAGGGGAGCCAGGAUCAAUGGAGCAUGUUGACAUGGAAAAUCUGAAAGGCCAAAAAGGAGAACAAGGAGAUAAAGGAAUAAAGGGGGUAAUAGGAGAAAAAGGAUCUGCAGGAAAUUAUGGCAGCCCAGGAAUGCCAGGCAAGGAUGGAGAUCCUGGUUUACCAGGCCAACCAGGAUCAAAAGGAGAUUCAGGCACUCCAGGAUUCCAGGGUGAACAAGGAUUUCCCGGAGAAAAAGGAUCAAUGGGUGAAAUGGGUUUACCAGGGCUUCCUGGAGAAAAAGGGUUUCAAGGCCUUUCAGGUGAGACAGGUCAGUCAGGAUCUCCUGGAGUUAAAGGUGAAAAAGGACAGAAAGGAAAUGCAGGACUUCCUGGAAUCGGCUUCCCUGGAACUUCUGGUGAGAAGGGUCAACAAGGAUGGCCGGGCAGCUCAGGCUUACCAGGAGAGAAAGGUGAAAAGGGUAUUCCAGGUAUUUCAGGCAUCCCUGGAUUCCCAGGCAUCAAAGGGCAGCCUGGCCUUCCAGGUUCUCCAGGUGUUAUAGGACUGUCAGGUGAAAAAGGACAGAAAGGAACCCCAGGCUUGAGUGGUUUUCCAGGCUUAAAAGGACAACCAGGUGACCCUGGAGCACAGGGUUCACAGGGAACUGCUGGAGAAAAAGGUGAGCCAGGUUAUGACGGAAUCCCAGGCACUCCUGGUUCAAAAGGUGAUUCAGGUCCUAAAGGAGACGUGGGCUCUCCAGGGAGUCCUGGGAGUCCAGGAGUUCCUGGCAUAAAGGGAGACAUUGGAUUUGUUGGCCCACAAGGUCCCCCAGGCCAACCAGGCAUUCCUGGGUUACCAGGGAAGAUUGGUGAGGGACCCAAGGGUGACCGGGGGCCCCAAGGGCAACCGGGGCUUCAAGGGCUUCCUGGGCCUCAAGGAUCUGUAGGAGUUUCAGGAUUAUCAGGAGAAAAAGGAGAAAAAGGAAGUUCAGGUUGGCCAGGGCAACCUGGGAGACCUGGACCCAAAGGUGAUCUGGGAGUUCAAGGAAUCCCUGGCAAUCCUGGUUUCCCUGGAACUUCUGGUCAGAAAGGUGACAUGGGACCUUCUGGAAUUCCAGGGCCCCAAGGUCUAAAAGGUUCUUCAGGUUUCCCUGGAUCCAAGGGAGUACAAGGUGACCAAGGGUUUUCUGGAACUAAAGGUCUGCCAGGCCCGCCAGGUCCUCCAGGCCCUUUUCAACUUCAGAAAGGUGAACCAGGCCUACCUGGUCUUUUAGGCCCUGCUGGCCCCAAAGGAUUUCCUGGUUCUCCAGGACCGAAAGGGCAACAAGGUGUAAUAGGAGCUGCGGGUUUGACUGGCCCCCCAGGAAUACCAGGUUUUGAUGGCACACCUGGUCAGAAAGGAGAAAGGGGCCCUGUGGGUCCUCCAGGUCCGAGAGGCUUUCCUGGUUCACCUGGUCCUGAAGGCGUGCCAGGGACGAUGGGUCCACCGGGCAGUCCCUCUGUGGCUCAUGGUUUCCUUGUGACCAGGCACAGCCAAACCACAGAGGAGCCCUCCUGCCCAUUUGGGACAAGACUCAUGUUCUAUGGAUAUUCUUUGCUUUAUGUACAAGGCAAUCAACGGGCCCACGGUCAGGACUUGGGCUCUGCUGGAAGCUGUCUACGUAAAUUCAGCACAAUGCCUUUCCUAUUCUGCAAUAUUAACAAUGUCUGCAAUUUUGCUUCAAGAAACGAUUAUUCUUAUUGGUUGUCCACCCCAGAGCCCAUGCCAAUGAGCAUGGCUCCUCUAAUAGGAGAAAGCAUCAGGCCUUUCAUCAGCAGGUGUGCUGUGUGUGAAGCUCCUUCUAUGGUGAUAGCAAUCCACAGCCAAACAGUUCAAAUCCCACCAUGUCCAGAAGGCUGGAACUCUCUGUGGAUCGGUUACUCCUUUGUGAUGCACACCAGUGCAGGGGCAGAAGGCUCCGGGCAAGCACUGGCCUCUCCGGGCUCCUGCCUUGAAGAGUUCCGCAGUGCACCCUUCAUUGAAUGCCAUGGAAAGGGCACCUGCAAUUAUUAUGCCAAUGCCUACAGCUUCUGGCUUGCCACUAUUGAGAGGAAUGAAAUGUUCAAAAAACCUACGUCUUCCACACUGAAGGCCGGAGAAUUGCAUUCAAAUGUUAGCCGCUGCCAAGUCUGUAUGAAGAGAACAUAAUGACUGCAUUAUUGUACCUAAUUUCACAAUAUGGUGCUAUUUUGUUAACAGCAGUGAAGCUUAGGCAUAUAUUCCUAUGUACCUCAUUGUUACCAGGUAUAAAGCCAUCAAGUGCCAUACAGGAAGCUGCCUGACUAAAUUCUUUACUUUUUUGGCUUUUAUUUGCUGAAGAGGAUGAAGAUACAACGAAUGUGUCAAAUGGCACUCUUGAAGAAACCUGAUUUUUGUAUGUCAAUGUGAUGCACUGAAACUUGGCUCUAAAUUCACAAGUGGGAGGAAAAACAGAAGGAUCCAGUUCUGCCACAAGUCCUUUUUUUCCAUGUGUAUGCUUUAUAUAUAUGGGGUUCUAUCAUAGUUAGGAUAAUUGUUAGACAAAUUACGCCAUAGACACAGGAUUUCUGGACCCAAAAUAUUGUUGGAAGAGUAACAUGACACUGCAACGUGCCAAUGUUUCCUCUUGCAUUGGAUUCAAAGGACUGGACCGAAGAAAACAGAGUUCUGGCUGAGGGAUUGAAGGUUUCUGCUCUGUGGUACUACGUGGCCCUUUCUAGUCCACCUUCUUAGGGAAUUUAGGAUGGACCAAUGUGUGCGCAAACUGAUUGGUGUUGAAUAUUUAUAUACUAGCCGUUCUGCAAAUGAAGCAUUGAACAAUCUUUAAUUAUAAUGUAUUUUUCUUAAUAUCCAUUCUUAGAGGAGCUAUGAGAAAUAAUUAAUUCUCCUACAUAGUGAUCAAAUUGGCUUGGAAAAAGAACCUUAAUCAACUAACAGGUGAUUACUACAGUAAUAUUCAGGCCUUCAGCUUCUUCUUUAUGGAUUUAAUAUUUUCAGGGUUUUAAAGCACUAAUACACUGAAUGACUUGAUUUUAAUAUAUAAACAGCCUUAUGACUUGGUGAAUCUGUUAGUUAAUAAACUCACAUACUUUAUUGGGUUUCUAUAAAAAUAUGCUGAUAAUUCAAAAAAUCAUUCAUAAAACAGGUUAUAUAAAAAUUAUAUUAAAAUACUUUUAAAUAUAGACCCUCUUGGUAAAUCUUUCACAGUGGACCUUUUAAAAAUUAAACAAUUUGUAUAAAAAUAUUUUCAGCAUUAGUGUGUUGGUUUUUGAGAAGCUGGUUGUGUGGAUUGAUGGUUACUUUGAUUCCAAAUAUGCAGCCAUUAUCUUAGAACUUAUAUUUGUAAUUGUUCCUGUUCUUAUCCAACACAUUAUUCAUGUGGAUAAAAUUUAACAUAUCCUUUAAACUAUUCAGAGCUGCCGAGUGAAAUAUAGCAAAUAUUAUCUUGCAAGCAUUUGAAUGGAAUUGCAUAUGACUAA